CUUGUUCUUGUUUUCUGCAUUCUGCAUUUAUUAUUCUUCGAGUUCCAUCGCAGCCGCACAAAAUAUGGCCGCACGUUAAUUACAAUUUAAGUAAAUUGCGAUAAUAUAAGCAAAUCAAUAAGAUUACUAAUAAAAAACAGCUUAUCGGAAGUUGUGUGUACAAAAUAUUAACAGAGUUCAACAUUAAAUUUAAGUAUAAUUAGUUCAUAAUUAAAUACGGUGAAGUGAAAAGUCUGGUCGGCGCACAGCAAAGAGAAUUGUGAAAAGUUCAUUAUAGAAACAAAAAGAAAAAAGAACUGAAAAUCCAAGGUAAAAGAAGGGCGAAAUUCAGUUCACGUUAAAAAGAAAGUGCAAAUUCGUAAUCAAUAAAAGAGCAAAAUCAAUUAGAAAAUAUGCAGUGAACUUUUUCCAUACAACGUCACCGAAAAGUUUGUGAAGAAAAAAUUUGUCGUCCGAUUAGAGAAGCAACAACUAUCUUGGCGGGCUACGAUUUAAAGGGGUAGCAGGAUUGCGAAAGGCCGACGUCUCCUCUGUUGAGUAAACAAUACUGUAACGACGGCAACAUUUUGCUCAUCGUAGUGUGCCAGCAGUACCAGCUGUUAAUCAUUCACAGAGGAGAGUGGUUUACAAAUACACAAGUGUUACUUGACGCAGUUGCACAUAUCUACAAAUCAGCAGUAUGCAGCAUCAUGCACAUGUGGCACGUACAGCACCUCCCCAUUUGCGUGCCCACCACAUGGCGGUGCCACCGCCGCAUACCCAGUCACAGCGUCAUAUAUCACAAAUGAAUUUGGCACAUGUGCCAGCGCCGCCACUAAACGGACAACAGCAACAGCAGACGAGCCAGCAAAUGCAAACACAACAUCUCAGUAAUGGUCCUGCAACCGCUAGUACUGCUGCAGUGAUCACCGGCUCGUCCAUCGCCGUGGCGUCACAUGUACGCGAUCAUCAUACAGCACGUUUGAAUCAGCAACCAUUGCAACAACAACAUCAGCAUCCCUCAUCUAUGCACACCAGUACGCAGCUGCAAAAGCUGCGACAACAACAUCAGCAUAUAAACAACAACAAUAAUAAUAAUAGUACAAACAAGAACAACUAUCAUCAUCAUCAAGCGCAGCAGCAAUACAAUAACAACGCCAGCAAUACGCACGGCAAUGCCUUGCCGGUACAAGCAGCAAUACAACAACAGCAACAACAACCAAAGCAAAGCACACAGGUGCCACAUCAUACGUCGCGGCACCACCAACAGCAGCAGCAGCAUCAACUGCAUCAUCAACAACAACCACAACCACAACCACAACAACAGCAACAAGCAACUCAACAGCUGCAACAUAAGCAUACAGUGGCGCCAAUGCCACCACAGCAGUCGCACGGGCAUGUAAAGCACCAACAGCCGUUGCAAUCAACACAACAACAACAAACAGUACAAACAACAAAUCUGGUUAUUGCAAAGAAUGUCAUCAAUACACAUGUGCCACCACCGUCGCUGCCACAGCCACAACAUCUGCAGCAACCACCACCACCACCUACGACUUUGAACUACUACACUGCCGGUAACACGCAAACAAACAACAACAAUAAUGUGCAUAAAUCUAAAUACAAUAACCAUAAUAACGUUAUUGCCGUCAAUGGUGGCGCUGGCAGCGGUGUUGGCAGUGGCAUGCCACCAAAAAUCAUAUUGCAGAAUCCAAAUCGCGUGCUGAAAGCGCGGCUGCAUGCAAGCGCGUCAGCGAAUAAUAUUGAAGUGAGUACUGUGAGACCUUCGACGGGCGGGGAGGAAACUAUUAAAGCCUCUAAGUCUGGUGGCAAUAUUGGCAGCAGCAGCGGCAACAAUAUUGUUAGCGCCACCGAUACACACGUGAGUGAAGCUGUUGCUAAUAACGUGACCACAGCUGUAGCCGAAAGCACAGCGAGGCAUGAGAGUAUACAAAUCGUGCAAAGCACUAAGCAAGCAGAGGCUGCCUCCAUCGAGUCUAAUAAGGAAAAUCUGUCUAGUGCAACACAAAAUGCAAACUCAAGCAUUGAAGUGAGCAGCAGCACUACGACAAACAACAACAACAUCUUGUCCAAUGAAGACAACACAGUGGCGAAAAAUUCGAAAGAGAAAACACCAAUGUGCUUGGUCAACGAAUUGGCGCGUUACAACAAAAUCACACAUCAAUACCGCUUAACCAGCGAAAAGGGACCGGCGCAUUGUAAGCGCUUUACGGUCACACUGAAAUUGGGUGAGGAGGAGUAUUCGGCUGAGGGUUUCAAAAUAAAGAAAGCCCAACAUUUGGCAGCUGCUGAGGCUAUUGAAAAGACUAAAUACAAACACCCCGUUCCGAAGGUGAUACGCCGCGGCGCCGAUAGUGAGGGGAGUUCAUGGCGUGCCAACAUCACGCCCACAGUGGAGUUGAAUGCGCUCGCCAUGAAAUUGGGUCAACAGACCUAUUAUCUCCUAGAUCCACGACAAGUUACACCGGCCGAUGGAAUGGGACCACCACCAGAUGCUAUGAUGGCACCGCGUUACAAUGUGCCGCCGCCACCACACACGCUGCCACCGCACGCCAUAGCCGGUGGUCAUAUGCUACCACAGCAUCCACCACCGCACGUGCGUAUGAUGGAUCCGGCAUAUGUGCGUCGCAACGGUCCGUAUGCCGCAGCGCCACCACAAUCGCAGAUGCACGGACAUCCCGCUGCCGGCUCGGUUAUGCGUCCACGUUAUGGUGCGCCAGCACAGCGUGCAUAUAUGCCCAAGUAUAAUCAACAGCAACGUUAUCCACUAAUGGCGCCACCGCUUAUGGCUGGCGGUCCACAUAACGGUAUGCUGCCACCGCCACCUUUGCCACACCCACAACAUGGCGUCAUGCCACAUCGUUAUGGCAUGCCCAAGGUGACACUAGUCGUGGGUAAGCAGAAAUUUGUAGGGCUGGGCCGUACAUUGCAGCAAGCCAAGCACGAUGCCGCGGCGCGUGCCCUGGAAGUGCUCAAAGCGCAGGCCGCCACACAGCUCAAUGAAGAGCUCAACAACAGUCUGGAGGAAAGCGAUAACAAAUCACCGAUCUCGCUGGUUUAUGAGAUCGGCAUACAACGCAGCCUAACGGUACACUUCAAGGUACUCCGCGAAGAGGGUCCAGCGCACAUGAAGAAAUUUGUUACUGCUUGCGUGGUGGGCACCAUAGUAACAGAGGGUGAGGGUAACGGCAAGAAGAUAUCGAAGAAACGCGCUGCGGAAAAGAUGCUGGAGGAGCUAAGGAAACUACCACCACUAACGCCCACCAAGUCGCCCAUAAAGCGCAUCAAAGUCAAAACGCCAAGCAAAACAGCAGCCGUUGUGGACACCGCUGCGGGUGGUAGCGGCAAAUCGGGUGGCAACAUUGGUGAGCGCCGAAAACGUGGCAGUAGUUCGAUCAAAGAGAAAAGUGAUGGCGAUACCGAGGGAGAGAACCCCAUCACGCGGCUCAUACAAUUGCAGCAAAAUCGCAAAGAGAAAGAGCCAGUUUUCGAGUUGAUAGCGAAAAACGGCAAUGAAAACUCGCGUAGACGCGAAUUCAUUAUCGAAGUGACGGCGCACAGCAUGGUCGCACGUGGCACUGGCAACAGCAAGAAGCUGGCCAAGCGCAAUGCCGCCCAAAAUUUACUUUUGGCCAUGGGCGAAAAAGACAACGCGGCCGCUGAACUGAAGUCCACCGCAGCGCUAGCUUACACACAGUCUGCCGUUUGUGCGGAAUCAGCAGUAACAACAAGCGUAUCGGCCAGUAAAGAGCAAACCACUACAGUAUUGCAGCCAAUUGUUGAAGCAGCUGCAGCGCCAGCAAUCAUCGCAGCGCCAGCAGUUGCAGCUGAAGCUCUGCUUGAUGUGCCACUUGUAUCCACCACUGCUGGGCAAGUGCCAGGCAUUCUAAUACUGCGUCAUAACAAGAAACAUGCAACAAAGAAAAAAGAAAGCAUGCUAAGUACUACAACACGUCUAGCGGUGGUUGAGGAAAUUGAAAACAAGCAAGAGGAAUCAGCAAUUGUCGCCAUACCAUCGAAUACGCAAACGGCACCUGCGGCGGUACCAAACAAUGCAGGCAGCUGUGACAAUCAAGCAGCAGCCGCUGAAAACACUAAACCCAUUGCUGAAGCUACUUCCGCUCCGGCUGUGGUCGAUUCGGCUAAUGUCGCUAGCAGCGUCAACAGCAGUGCCUGCAGCGCGCCCAAGUCGAAACCGGCAGGCGUGCACACUAAAGAUCAAUUGUUGUAUCUGGCAAAAUUGCUGGGUUUUGAGGUGAACUUUUCCGAUUUUCCAAAGGGAAAUCACAGCGAAUUCCUAACGAUCGUAACGCUUUCCUCCAAUCCACCGCAAAUCUGUCAUGGUAUGGGCACAAGCGCAGAGGAAUCUCAAAAUGAUGCGGCUAAAAAUGCAUUAAAACUUCUUAGUAAAUUAGGCUUGAAUAAUGCGGCGAAUUAAGCAAAAAUUACUUAAAUUGUAAUAUGGAAAAAUAUUAUAUUAAUUUUGCAGAGGAAAUGAAAUUCAAAUUGAAUUUGGCGCCACAAAAUCUAUAUAAGAUAUGGAGAGUCGUUAAACGGACAACAAAAGCGUAUAUCUAUAUUUUUUGGUAUUAAAAAAAUAAAACAAGUAUUGCAUAAUAAAUUAGUUACAACAAAAAGUUUGAAAUGUUACGCAGAGUAACAAUGUAUACUUUACAAAGUCAUUAUAUUAGAAAAAAUUCAAAAGUUGAAUAAUAUGUGCAACAAAAAAAGUCUUAACAAAUUAUACAAACACAAAAUAUUAUAUGAACAAUGCUGCUACAUAUACAUACAUACAUAUAUAUAUAUAUAUAUAUUUCCUAUUUUGUUAACAUAUAGACUCUCAAAUGUAUAUUGACAUUGAGCUGCAUUUGUUUAAUUUAUUUACUUUACCAUAAUUUUUGUUAACUUUAUGCUUAGUCAAAUUUGUUAGACGCUUAGUAGGCGAACACAUUGUGUUUUCAUAUAAAAAUAAAAAAAAUUAGACAAAAGGCGGCAAAGUUACAGUUCGGCUUUAUACUUAUUGCUAAGUGUGAAGUCUUUGAACUGCUAUUUAUGUGAAAUUCUCGUUCGCAAUGCUUUCCAGCGCACCUUCUGGUAAAGGUGGUCUGCUGCUUACCAAUUUACUAUUACUUUUUUGCUACAUAGCGAGAAUUAUUAGAAUUUGUUUAUUUUAUGAUAUUUUGUAAAAGCUAUGAAAUUCUUAGCUUAUAUUAUUUGUGUUCAAUUAAAAACAAUUGCAAAAAUAUUUAUUUAUUAAGCUUUAUAUGGAAAUUAUAAAAUUUGUUGCACUAAAGCAUUGAAUAAAUGCCAGCAAAAACACUUCGAUUGUAUAUAAAUUAAAGUUUAAAAUUUAAAGGCAAGUCAUUGAAAAAAAAAAUAAACUUUUUCGCAAAUUACAAACGAGCUACAGCAUUUUUGUCUCACUAAAAACAAAUGUCGUGUUUAGAAUAGGCAAAAUCGCGUGUUUGCGUGCGGCAUACUUGAAAAUUUUGUGGUACUGCAAGAUAUUCCUAUUGAUGCGAGCAAACGCGCGGCUUAAAUUUGAUUGCUGAACCACUAAUGUUGUAGAGAACGAGUGCUGAUUGCUUUGAGAUUAAUAACAAACCACAUUUUUGCAUGCGAUUUUGAGAUUCGGCAAACAUAUUUGCACGCAAGAAUGCUGGAGAAAAGCGAAAAGGCAAAACUAAAUGCAUAAUUAUUAAUUAUACCUAUAUGUAAUAAAUGUAGAAAGCGGAGUGCUUAAAAAGAAUAAAACAAAUUGCAAAAAGCAAAAAAAAAAAAGAAAAAAGAAACAAAAGAAAAAAAUUGUAACAUGUGGUCGUAUUUUGAUUGUGUAUUAAAAAUAAAUAUAAAAAUUUGAAAUUAAUUGGGGUGUUGUUGCGGCCGAUUGCGCAACAGUUGAUGGAUAUCGCACAUCGUACACAUACACAUACUAUAUGUAUGUAUGUAUGUAUGUACAUAUGCAUGUGACAAGUGCUGGUAAUUUGAAAUUUUUAAUUUAUUUUUAGAAGAAAUAUAAAUUAUUACAAAUGUAAAACAUAUUUGGCAGCAACAAAAAAAACAGAAACACAAGAAAACAAAUUAAUUACAAUCAAUGCAACAGCAACUUACCUUUGCACAGACAAAAUUCGUACAUUUGCUGCUUGUGUUGAUUCUAAAAAUAUAAUUAAUCAAAAAAAAAACUGUUUGAAUAUAGUUAUAUAAUAAAUUAAAAUUCAAUUAUAACAAAUUGCACACGCAUUAUCUAAUAUCUAUUUAAAUAAAAAAAAAUAUUUUCUUGGAUGAUGGAACUCGUCGUAAUAAUGAACAAAACUAUAAAAAUAUUUAGUUAUUUAAGAAAUAAAUAAAGCGCUGCUACACUUUAGUCGUAAAUUUAAUUUAUAAACUGCUUAUAGGCGUAACAACACACACACUUAUUAUCUAUUAUUAUACUUACAUAAAAUAUCACAUGAAAAAUGGACAAUAGCGUAUUUGUAACAAGUUGAUUUAAAUGUAAAUUAAUGCGCUAUAGGUUAUUUAUAAAUUAAAUGACACUGGCGGAUCAUAUAACACACGCUAAGUAUAUACGGUCGCUUCUUGUAGCCUUCAUGGUUGCCAAUUUUAAUGAGGCGAACUCAAAUUUGUUGCGCCACGCACUUGAAACUGACGACUUGGAGGCGUGUACUUAGUUGUAUUUCUACUGCAUAAUACAUAUUAUUUAUUUCUUCUACAGCUGCAUGGACAAUUCAUAAUAAAUUGCGCGGCGUUAUUAUGAAGGAAAGCAGGCUAAAUGGUAUUAUAUGAAUUGGAAAGUGAAAAACGUUUAAAUUUUGCCGCUAAUUAUUUAUUAAACUCAUUUUUGAAACUGAGAAUUUUUAUGAAAAAGGUUUACGCUUACAAAUUUUUUCACCAAAAUACCGUUGCUUCCGCGCUAACCUUAUUAUGGGUUGUCCUGUGGUGUUUUUUCUUUAGUAUUAAGUAUUCAUUGUAUAAAAUUUAGUUGUUUUCCCCUACAUUAAAUAAAAACAAUGCUUUCAUUUUUUCAAUAAAUUA